AUGGAAAAAGUUGCUGGCUGGUACCCAGCCUGGCACGUUGCUCUCCUGUACUGGACAUGGCUUUUCCUCUUCACUUAUGGCUUUACCGGUGCAGAAAUAACUUGCAGAUCCUGCCGUUCCCAGGUGCAGCCGCAGCAGCAGCCGCAGCAGGGAUUACUGAUGCACUUGAGGACCGACAGAGGAGAAAAGGAGCAAAGGAGGUUCCUCAGGGAGAAGGGAGGUGAGAGAGGGCAAGAGGCCGGCUCGGAGGAUGCCGGGCUACCAGCGACCCUCGCCCCUGCUUCCGCGGGGAUGCAAUUCAGCGGCUGGGAGACACGGCGAGUGACGAGCGAGCCAGAGAAAGUGGCCGGGGAGCGCCGUCCCCGGGCGGCAGCGGCGGCUCCGGCCGAGGACCGACCCCUGCCGGGCCCCCCCCGGCCGGGCUCGGUGCGGCGGCGCUGGGGCCGCAGCCCGCGGGGCUCCGCGGGGCCGGGGCCGGGGCCGGGCGGCGCCGCGGGGCGGGAGCCGGGGGACGGCGGCGCCGCCCGCUUCGGGCUGGAGGAGCUGCGGCUGGCCAGCACCACCUUCGCCCUGGCCGGCGACUCGGCGCACAACCAGGCCAUGGUGCACUGGUCCGGCCACAACAGCAGCGUGAUACUAAUUCUGACAAAGCUGUAUGACUACAACCUGGGAAGCAUCACAGAGAGCUCUCUUUGGAGGUCAACAGAUUAUGGGACAACAUAUGAGAAACUGAAUGAUAAAGUUGGUCUGAAGACUAUUUUGAGCUACUUGUAUGUUUGCCCAACAAACAAACGUAAGAUUAUGCUGCUGACUGAUCCAGAAGUUGAAAGCAGCUUAUUAAUCAGUUCUGAUGAAGGAGCCACCUAUCAAAAAUACCGUCUGAACUUCUACAUCCACAGCCUGCUCUUCCACCCCAAGCAGGAAGAUUGGAUCUUAGCCUACAGCCAAGAUCAGAAGUUAUUCAGUUCUGUGGAGUUUGGCAGAAGAUGGCUGCUUCUUCAUGAGGGAGUUACACCCAACAGGUUCUACUGGUCUAUGAUGGGGAAUGGAAGAGAGCCUGACCUGGUGCACCUGGAGGCAAGGACAGUGGAUGGCCAUGCCCAAUACAUCACCUGCAAGAUGCAGAACUGCAGUGAAGCCACUCGCAGCAAACCCUUUCCAGGCUACAUUGACCAUAACUCCCUGAUCGUCCAGGGUGAUUAUGUCUUUGUUCAGCUGACAUCAGGAGGAAGACCACAUUAUUACGUUUCUUAUAGGAGGAGUCCAUUUGCACAGAUGAAGCUGCCAAAGUACUCCCUGCCCAAGGACAUGCAUGUUAUCAGCACAGAUGAGAAUCAGGUGUUUGCAGCUGUUCAAGAGUGGAACCAGAACGACACGUACAAUCUGUACAUCUCUGACACCCGAGGGGUCUACUUCACCCUGGCCUUGGAAAAUGUCAAGAGUAGUCAAGGGCUGGAGGGGAAUGUGAUGAUUGACCUCUAUGAGGUAGCAGGGAUAAAGGGAAUGUUCUUGGCUAACAAGAAGAUUGACAACCAAGUGAAAACUUUCAUCACCUACAAUAAAGGGAGAGACUGGAGUUUGUUGCAGGCUCCACACACGGAUCUGAGGGGAAAUCCCAUUCACUGUCUCCUACCCUAUUGCUCCCUUCAUCUUCACUUGAAGGUCUCAGACAACCCCUAUACCUCAGGAAACAUCGCCAGCCGAGACACUGCCCCCAGUAUUAUUGUAGCUUCAGGUAAUAUAGGCACUGAGCUAUCAGACAAUGACAUCAGCAUGUUUGUUACUUCUGAUGCUGGGAACACUUGGAGGCAGAUCUUUGAGGAAGAGCACAGUGUUCUGUACCUGGAUCAAGGUGGAGUACUUGUUGCCAUGAAACACACAUCUCUGCCUAUCAGGCACCUCUGGUUAAGUUUUGAUGAAGGGAGAUCUUGGAGCAAGUACAGUUUCACAUCCCUCCCGCUGUUUGUCGAUGGAGUUUUAGGGGAGCCUGGAGAGGAAACCCUCAUCAUGACGGUGUUUGGACACUUCAGCCACCGCUCAGAGUGGCAGCUGGUGAAAGUAGACUACAAGUCCAUCUUUGAUCGGAGAUGUGAGGAAGAGGACUACAGGCCUUGGCAGCUCCAUAGCCAGGGAGAAGCCUGCAUCAUGGGAGCAAAAAGGAUCUACAGGAAGCGCAAGUCAGAGAAGAAAUGCAUGCAAGGGAAAUAUGCUGGGGCCAUGACCUCGGAGCCCUGCGUGUGCACAGAGGCAGACUUUGACUGUGAUUAUGGAUAUGAACGCCACAGCAAUGGCCAGUGUUUACCAGCAUUUUGGUAUAACCCAUCCUCCUUGUCAAAAGACUGCAGCCUUGGACAGAGUUACCUCAACAGCACUGGGUACCGGAAGGUUGUUUCCAACAACUGCACGGACGGGGUGCGGGAGCGCUACACGGCCAAGCCCCAGCAGUGCCCGGGCAAACCUCCGCAGGGCCUGCGCAUCGUCACGGCCGACGGGCGCCUGACGGCCCAGCAGGGCCUCAACGUCACCUUCCUGGUGCAGCUGGAGGAGGGAGACCUCCAGAGAUCCCUCAUCCAGGUGGAUUUUGGAGAUGGCAUCGCUGUGUCAUAUGCCAAUCUCAGCUCAACAGAGGAUGGGAUCAAGCACAUCUACCAGAACGUGGGCAUAUUCCGGGUGACCGUGCUGGUGGAAAACAGCCUGGGCUCUGACAGCGCUGUUCUCUACCUGCAUGUAACGUGCCCCUUGGAACACGUUCACUUAUCUCUGCCCUUUGUCACCACGAAGAACAAGGAGAUCAAUGCCACAGCAGUGCUGUGGCCAAGCCAAGUGGGAACACUUACUUAUGUCUGGUGGUUUGGGAACAACACAGAGCCACUGAUCACAUUGGAAGGGAGCAUCACAUUCACAUUUUCUGUGGAAGGGAUGAACACCAUCACAGUUCAGGUCUCAGCAGGAAACACCAUUCUUCAGGACACAAAGACUAUUGCAGUGUAUGAGAAAUUUCAGUCCCUGAGGUUAUCGUUCUCUCCAAACCUGGAUGACUACAACCCAGAUAUCCCAGAGUGGAGAAGGGACAUCAGCAGAGUAGUCAAGAGAGCUCUGGUGGAGGCUACAGGUAUUUCCAGCAAGCAUGUUCUGGUUGCAGUGCUCCCUGGCCUGCCCACAUCUGCUGAACUCUUCAUUUUACCAUAUCAAGAUGCCACGGGAGAAAAAAAAAGAACAGCAGCAAACCUAGAGCAGAUUUCAGAAACACUGAUCCAGAAACUGAACCAAAACCUGGUCCAUUUUGAGUUGAAGCCAGGAGUUCGAAUCCUUGUCCAUGCUGCCCAUUUAACAGCAGCUCCCCUGGUGGACCUCACUCCCAGUCACAGUGGUUCAGCCAUGCUGAUGCUCCUCUCUGUUGUUUUUGUGGGACUAGCUGUGUUUGUCAUCUACAAGUUCAAAAGGAAGAUUCCUGGCCUUAAUAUAUAUGCACAGAUGCAGAAUGAAAAAGAUCAAGAGAUGGUCAGUCCAGUCAGUCAGAGGGAAAGCAUACCUAAUGUCCCUCAAAGUGAGCUGAUGAGCCCUGAGCAACUAGUAGAUGAGAAGUUGGAAGUCCACCCCAUAGAGCAACCUCAGGCCACAGUCCAGAACCCAAGGAAAGGAAAUGCAACCAAGGUAGUCUGGACAGAGGACUUCCCAAAAGCUUGUGGAUCACCAAGAGAUUUCAAGCCAAGACCCAGAGCGGAAGUGUUUCCACAGCUGCUGAGCCCCAGAGCACAAAAGAAAUCCCUACCUAUGUAAAUGGUUGAAUUGAGGACACCAACAUCUGUAUCUGAAAAAAAGGAGAUCUCACUGCAUUUGGACUUUUUAAUUCUUCAGAUGACAAAGGGUUUUUAGCUUUAAGCCUGUGCAUGUGGACAUUAUACUGAGACCAUAGUGGAA